UUUUUAGUAAUGUUUCAAUCAAGACAUCAAAAUACAAAAUUACCUUUAGAAUUGCUUGUUGAUAUAUUUAAAUCUACAGAUUAUGCAAUGAUGGAAACAUUAUUAUUUAAACUUAGAAAGUUGUGUUUAGUGUUAAAACAAGAAGAAUUUGGAAUUUUGUGGAGUUAUUAUUCGAAUAUUUUGUUAACUUCUUCCUCAAUUGUCCAUAAAUUUGUUGGGAAGGAUUUUAAAGAAAGAAAGGCAACAAUAUUUCAAAAAAGAAGAGGGAUUGCUAAACUUGUGUUCAUAGCUCAUCAAGGUUAUAAAUUCUUUAAAGAUGAAAUUUCAUAUUUAAAAAAAGAAAUGGCUGAAUGUGAAGAAGUAUUGUUCGAAGAAACGAAAGAAAAAAUUUUGAAGCGACGAAAAGCUGAGAGGGGAGUAGACGAGAAUGGCCCUAUUGCAAAACGUACUCGUUCUCAAUAUAUUACAAAAUAGUAAAGAAAUUAAUGGGAGGGGUGGG